ACAAACAAAUUAUACGUAAUACCCACAUUCCCUUAUCACACAUAACAUGGCCAAUUUCCACACAGCUGCCGGCGCUCACCCAUCGCCGCCCAGACCUCUCGCGACUUGUUAAGAGAAAUUCAACUGAAGACAAUGGGCAACAGUGAGAGUUCAAAUCUUGAUCGUCCACUCCUCUUGAGUACAACACCACUCUACAGAAUGGGGUUGCUCUGAAACUUUCCCUGUAUCUUCCAAAAGCUUUCUCGAUCACAUUAUCUAUCGUCUACUCAGUCAUUGGAAAAAUGUGACCGGAGGACCGUCGCUGGGUGAAUUUGUACCUUUUGUCGAGCCUCUCUUUCGGAAAGUGGUAUGCUAUGCGUAUCAGUCACUAGCUCUGUUGCUUGAGAAGAACUCAAGUCUGGUUCUUCACAAAUUCAUUGAUGAUUUCGUACUACUGCUCUGCUUAGUAUGUGACUCUUCGGUUUCUUAAAUAGGAUAUCGUGAUUCAUUUAUAUGGCUUAGUGAUGUUCGGUCAGCAUGUCAUGGAUGUAGUUCGGAUUUCUAAUGAGAAGGUUGCUUCUUAUGGUGAUUCAGACGUUUCUUAUGGUCACUUCCAAUGUAAUCACCAAAAAGUAUGACUCAGGCAAAGUACUUUUCAUCACAGAGAUGUGCAGGGCUUUGUCCAUGCCUUGUUUCUUAUGAAAGAUACUUCAUGAAGUCCUGAUUUGCUCCACUGUUUUAUAUUAAGAAUGUUUCAAUUAUUUGUUUCUGAAGUGAUUUGUUUGUUGGGUUCAUUUACAUGGAUUAAAGAUCUGUGAAUCCUGUUCUCAUAACUAAAUUCCAAACAAAAAUGACAUAUUCGUUGCCCCUCACCUCUUUUUUUUUAUGAAAGGAAUGAAUCUUUUUAUCGAACGAUCAAAUGACUACUUCCUUUUUCUAGUUAUUAAUUUUGAUUGCUAUGAUAUGCAGAAGUUCCCUGUAUUUGUAAACAUCUCACACUAGGAACGUAAGAUUUUCCCUGCGUGUGAUCUAAUGAAAUCACCUUUUCGGAUCGUGAUGCUAAACAGGACGAAACUAUUGUAUAGUUAAAAAAUUCACUUUGAAUCUGAUUUACAUUCUGCAUCAAGCAGGUUAGUGAGGAAGUGGAACGUGUGAUGUCACGCUUCCAUGAUCCAUCGUUAAGAGCUCUGUCUAAUCCUGUUGGAACUUCUGAAGAAAGCAGUCUGCGACUGCAAUUUGUUAACAAAUUACCGACAACCAUCUUCACAAGCAGUCAGAUAGAAGCCGAGGAUGGUACUCCUCUGAUGAUGGAACUAGUAGAUGGCAGGACAAAUGAGAGGGUUACAAGUGGGCCCCUAUCUUUGAUAAAGCUCGAAAUUGUAGUCCUUGAUGGCGAUUUUGGGUCGGACGAGGGAGAGGAUUGGACCGAGAAGGAAUUCAAUUGCAAUAUCGCUCGUGAAAGGGAAGGGAAAAGGCCAUUGAUGACUGGGGAGCUCACUGUGAUCUUGCAAGGAGGAAUUGGUUGCCUCCGUAAUUUAAUCAUCACCGACAACUCGAGCUGGAUGAGAAGUAGGAAAUUCAGAUUAGGAGCUCGAGCUGUUCAAAAGGUUUCUGCAGAAACGAGAGUAAGGGAAGCGAGAAGUGAAAAUUUCAUUGUUAAAGAACAUCGAGGAGAGUUGAACAAGAAGCACCACCCUCCAUUUCUGAGUGAUGAAGUAUGGCGUUUGGAGAAAAUAGCCAAAGGCAGCCCUCUACAUAAGCGCAUGAGUUCGAGAAGAAUCAACACCGUUCAAGAUUUCCUCCAGCUGCACGAAGUCGAUGCGUCCUCUCUAAGAAACGUAAUACUUGGCACUGGGAUCCCCAAGCGGACAUGGGAGACAAUGGUCGGACAUGCCAGUACCUGUGUGGUCGAUGAUAACGAGAUGUACGCUUACUACCAAGAUACGAACAAGGCCAGUAUACUGUUCAAUUCGGUAAUGAAAGUGACUCAAGCAACACUUGACGGCCAAACUUACCAGUCGCUAGACAAAUUGACCCACUCUCAGAAGAUUUUGGUGCAGAACUUAAGAAGGCAAGCUUACUAUAGCAAGAAUCAAUGGGUGCCGCUUGAUUACCUACCCAGCAUCACUCCUUCGAGAGCCCUGAAUUUUGAUUUGUCUCCUGAGGAGCUUUUUAAAGUGUCAGCUCCGAUCCCUGGCAAUUUGACGUGGACACCGGAGCAUGCUUUCUGUUGAAGUGUUCAUGGAUAUUUGUCAGAAGUUAGUAGGUGUUCAUAAAUAAGACAUUAGGAUUUUGGAAGUGUCUCCAUACUCUAUAAAUAGAACAACCAAUGUACUCUUUCAUCAAGUUAUUGAGUAAAGAUGCUGUUUUCUAGUA